AUGACCCAAACAGCCUUUUCUGCGCUGGAUGCAAAGGUGUCCAAAUCGGAGCUCCUGAUGAGCGUCGCGCCUCUCCGUCUCAUGUGUGCGGGCGGCUGCGUAGCCGUUAUGUAUAUGAACGUGCGUGGUUCAACGGAAGAUGUCGAUAUACUUGUUGAUCCAAACGUCGAUACGGCCCCUGAAUACCAGACAGCCUUCGCGCAGGCUAUUCGCGCCGUGUCAGAAUCGCAGAAACUCCAGACCGACUGGAUGAACGACGAGCUGAAAGGCAUGGAGUGGUCGCUCGAGUGCAAGCUUCGUCGCAUCGAAUCUGCCCGGCGCCAGCUGGAUAUUGAUGAUGCUACAGCUCUGGUGCACCAUAAUAUGCAGAGUACCGGGCAGCCUCUGGGUGUGCAAUACUUGCAAGCACUCAACUUUAACGGCUUCGAGACACCGAUUUCGCGGGCAAUAGCCACCGUGAAGAGGCAGUAUGAGAGACAAUACGGCCAGGUCGGCAUCGCUGAUAUCGAAUGGGAUGAACAGGCCAGGACGUAUAGAUACAACGCCCUUGAUGGCACUGUAUGCUAUGUUUAG